AUGCCGUACAACCCCGCCGUGACGACCCUGUGCGAGGGCUCGGACAAGAAGACCUACGACUGCCUCAUGCAGUGGGACUUUGGUGCCGGUCUAAGCUACACGGACUUAAGGUACUCAAAGACCGUCAACUUCACGCUCACGUCGGACGACUGGAGAGUGUACUACCCGCAGAUCGGCCACGGCCUCAAGAAGGUGGCGAAGGACUGCGACUACGUCGUGGCCACCAAGCCCGAGACGAACUGCGACGUGUACAACGAGACGGCCGCGGCCAAACCGCUGUGUGCCACGUCCACGGUGAGCACGGGCGAGCGCCCGUUCGAAACGCUCGAGCAGCCGUGGUAA